CGCGCCAUGGUGUCCUGCGCGGGGCCGAGGCCGGGGCCUGGGCCGGGCCAGGCCGGGCCAUGAGCCGAUCGGGGACUUGGGACAUGGACGGGCUGCGGGCGGACGGCGGGGCCGCUGGAGCGGCGCCGGCCUCCUCCUCGUCCUCGGUGGCGGCGCCGGGCCAGUGUCGCGGCUUCCUGUCGGCGCCGGUGUUCGCGGGGACGCAUUCCGGACGCGCGGCGGCGGCGGCGGCCGCGGCGGCGGCGGCGGCGGCGGCGGCCUCCAGCUUCGCGUACCCGGGGACCUCUGAGCGCACAGGCUCCUCGUCGUCGUCGUCAUCCUCGGCCGUGAUCGCCACUCGCCCCGAGGCUCCCGUGGCUAAAGAGUGUCCCGCGCCAGCGGCCGCCGCGACCGCUGCAGCACCCCCGGGCGCUCCGGCGCUAGGCUAUGGCUACCACUUCGGCAACGGCUACUACAGCUGCCGCAUGUCGCACGGAGUGGGCUUACAGCAGAACGCUCUCAAGUCGUCGCCGCACGCCUCACUCGGAGGUUUCCCGGUGGAGAAGUACAUGGACGUGUCGGGCCUGGCGAGCAGCAGCGUACCGGCCAACGAGGUGCCCGCGCGAGCCAAGGAAGUGUCCUUCUACCAGGGCUACACAAGUCCCUAUCAACACGUGCCUGGGUAUAUCGACAUGGUGUCCACUUUUGGAUCCGGGGAACCUCGGCACGAGGCGUACAUCUCCAUGGAGGGCUACCAGUCCUGGACGCUAGCCAACGGGUGGAACAGCCAGGUGUACUGUGCCAAGGACCAGCCACAGGGGUCCCAUUUUUGGAAGUCAUCCUUUCCAGGGGAUGUGGCUUUAAAUCAGCCGGACAUGUGUGUCUACCGACGGGGAAGGAAGAAAAGGGUACCUUACACCAAACUGCAGCUCAAAGAACUGGAGAACGAGUAUGCCAUUAACAAGUUCAUUAACAAGGACAAGAGGCGGCGGAUCUCGGCUGCCACGAACCUAUCCGAGAGACAAGUAACCAUUUGGUUUCAGAAUCGAAGAGUGAAGGACAAGAAAAUCGUCUCCAAGCUCAAAGAUACUGUCUCCUGAUAUGGGCCAGGACAGUUUAAAUGCUUUCAGUUGU